GGGCGACUUACGCUUAAGUAAAUUCAGCGGCCAGACCCAAAAACAGAACUCAUCGAGACAUUAUCCCCAAAUCCCCCAAACUGCAGCCGACGGACGAACGAAGAGGACGAACGACGCGAGAGCCACUCGAACUCCGGCGACCCCACUCCGGCCAACCUCCAUCUUCAUCUUCAACACUCUUUACUCCUUAUUCUAGGCAUGGAGGUGAUAGCGGAUCCUGGGUCGAGUGAUCGUUCUGUCCUGACAUUGCAGGCCUCACACAGGAGUGAGGAUGUUUGGCUUGGCAUGGAUGUCCAGGUUGAUAGGUGCCGCGAGCACCUGCGGGGUUUGUCCCAUUUACAUGUCGACCCCAGAGUCCUAGCCUAUGUUCGGGCUGCUGGUUUUUUUACACUGCACAGAUUAGUGGCUACUGUGCCUCUUGAUAGAGCCCUUCUCACUGCUCUACUUGAGCGUUGGAGGCAGGAGACACACUCAUUUCACCUCCCUGUUGGUGAGGUGACUGUGACAUUGGGAGAUGUGGCUGUACUCACCGGGUUAGAGGUUCAUGGGAGAGCUGUUACAGGCACUGCUUGUCGACAGUGGGUUGAUGAGUGUGAGCGGUUGUUAGGUAUCCGCCCCGUUCUUAGGACUGACCUUCAGGGGUCAUCUCUUAGGAUGCCGUGGUUGAGGGAGCACUUCCAGGUCCUUCCUCCCGACGCUGAUGAGGUGAUCAUCCAGCAGCAUGCUCGGGCGUAUAUAUUGAUGAUGAUGGGAGCCUCCAUUUUCGCUGACAAGAGCGGAAAUGAGGUUCAGGUGCUACACUUGCCUUUGCUGGAGAGGUUUGAUGUAGCAGCACAGUUCAGCUGGGGUAGUGCCACCCUGGCUUAUCUAUACAGGCAGCUGUGUCGCGGCUGCCAGAGAGGGAGCACAGAGCUGAGGGGAUUUUUGCUACUCCUCCAGAUUUGGUCAUGGGAGUAUAUCCACAUUGGCCGUCCCAUUAUAGUCGGAUAUCAUGGCAUUGAUGGACAGCCACUGCCUGAUGAGCCUCCACGUCUUCUAGGACCACAUCAUGUACGGGGCGAGGACCCUCUAGGCCGUCGGUGGCUAUAUGCUGGUCUAUCUCGCAUGUCAUCCGCUACUGGGCUCGGUGUGUACAGGGAUGCAUUGGAUCGGAUGUCUGAGGACCAGAUCACAUGGAUGCCGUUUAGACCUGAUAUGUUAGCAGAGUUGCCCCCAGCUGGACGAGAGCAUACUCACAUCUAGCGAGCACGUGUCCCGUUGAUAUGUUUUGACAUUGUUGAGCUUCAUUUGCCUGAUAGAGUCAUGCGACAGUUUGGGUUUGAGCAGGUCGUUCCACGUCCUAUCGACACUUAUGUAGAGCUGCAUAAGCUGGAUAGGCGUGGGAAGCAUACAGAGGAUUGGGCACUCAGACAUGUCCGAUACGUGACUAUGUGGGAAAGGAGAGCUGAGCUAGCUGUGGUUGGGACACCCACAUAUGUGCCAUCUGUUUCAGGAGACUACAUGGGAUGGUACUACAACAUCACUCGGUUAUUUGUGUCUCCUUCGUUCAGACUCCCUACUCAUCAUUAUCAGCCUAGCUCCUUGCCUUUGCAUCUUACGACACGAGCUUUGCAGCGCAUACAUCAGCGGGCUACUACCACUGUGACUGAUAUUCCUGAUGUGGACAUGUAUGGACAGGCUCUGACAGGCAUUGCCUCGUUGUGCUCAGAUGUGUUGGGCCGAGUAGACUACGGACAUCUUAUACAAAUGCCCCCAUCUCAGGAGAUGGCAUCCACGUCUAGUGCAGCCGCAGCUUCAUCAUCCCAGACGCAACAUGAGAGAGUGGUUCUUCAACCACGACAACGCCGUAGGCGUAGACAUGAGCAGCAACAUCUCCAUGACGAAGC